AUGCAAAAACUGCUCAAGUACGACUAUCAGCUAGUAAUUUCUGUAUCAGCAGGCGAGCUCAAAGAUGCAGUCCAGAAGGAAAUUCGUCGACUCCAGGCUCUAAAGCUUAAGGAAAAGAUCCCCCGCAAUCUUUACAUGGACAACGAGCUGGCUGCAACUGUCAUGUACCAUCAGGUGAGGGCCCUCGCAGAAUUGCUCAAAACUAACGAGGAAAACCUCAGGAAGCUGGCUUCUCCUGCCAAGAAGAAGCAACCGGGCGAGGCCGAAGAUCCCCACGAGGGGAUCAUAGCGCGCAGCUUUUUCCGCAGACAAGCACGAAGGCUUAGACGGAGCAGCAAUGAGAAUCUUAUACUAUCGCGCGCGCACCUGCUAGAUGCACUUAGCUACUGCCUAGCGCAGGCUCUCCGGCUACUAUACCCUGACAGCAACUCCAGCGACCUAGAUGCAGAGGAAGAAGACCCUUCCUCAGACUCUAAUGACCUCCAAGAUUGCCUGCUGGAGUUCCAAAACAAGCUCGUAUUUAUCCAGCAGAUCGAGCAGCAGUCCACAACCAAGACCAACGAGGAGCUGGAAGAAGAGGAGUUGCUGGAGAAGAUCGAGAAGAUGAAGAAUGACAAUUUGCGCCAGACCAGCAAGCUCAACAAGCAAAUCAACGACAUACCAACUAACGGAUUUGCUCUAGCAAGAGCUAAAGACCGCCGAGGCCAACAACGCCAAACUCAUGGAUCGCUUAUAAGCCAACGAAAAACGCAUUUCAGACUACUCCAAGCUGGUCAUCACCCGCUUCGAGGACAGGACAGAGAACCAUCAAAGAUCGAGAGGGACCAUCGGGUAGAAGCAGAGGUGAAGAUGGAGGAGCAGGCGCGCUCGCUAAAGUCUCAGUUGGAGGAGAAGGUGGAAGUUGAGAUCAAGCUGAACUUGGAGAUCGAUAGGCUGAGCAAGGAAAUCGACCGGAUGAAGCAGCAGCUGGAGAAGUUUUUGAGGGAGCUCACUGAAAAGGAGCUCAUCAUCAAGAUGGAGCGCUAA